GCUUUAGCCUCAUAAAACCAGCUUGGAUAAUCCUAAAGAAGUCGUAUUUACUGCUUUUGCCACUCCGGCUACGCACAGCCACCUAAUUCCUUGGGACUAUAUAUACAUCACAUUCAUAUUUCUCGGAGAUAGGAAGAGAGGGAGAGAGCGAUCUGUCAGAUUGUUGAGAUUUGUUUUCUUCAGAGGAAUUGACUGAAGAAUGGCACGGUAUAAUUUUCUAGUCGAAGUAGAGAAGGCCAAGGAGGCCAACGAUGGGAGGCCGUCGAUGGGGCCGGUUUACCGCAGCGUUUUCGCCAAGGAUGGAUUUCCUCCUCCGAUUGAUGGAAUGGAUAGUUGCUGGGAUGUUUUCCGCAUGACUGUCGAGAGAUAUCCAGAAAAUCCGAUGCUUGGUCGUCGUGAAAUUUUGAAUGGAAAGCCCGGCAAUUACGUAUGGCAAACUUAUAAAGAAGUAUAUGACUUAGUAAUUAAAGUUGGAAAUGCAAUGCGAAGUUGUGGUCUUGGGGAAGGAGCAAAAUGUGGUAUUUAUGGUGUCAAUUCUCCAGAGUGGAUUAUAAGCAUGGAGGCCUGCAACGCGCAUGGGCUAUAUUGUGUCCCGUUAUAUGACACUCUAGGUGCUGGGGCCGUAGAAUUUGUUAUAUGCCAUGCAGAGGUUUCUAUUGUUUUUUCUGAAGAGAAAAAGAUUUCUGAGGUGUUGAAAACCUUUCCUAAAACAACAGAGUACCUCAAAACGCUUGUGAGCUUUGGCAAGGUUACACCUGAACAAAGAAAGGAAGUUGAGAAGUUUGGGUUGGCAAUAUAUUCGUGGGAUGAAUUUUUGCGACUGGGUGAUGGUAAGCAGUUUGAUCUUCCAGUGAAGAAGAAAAGUGACGUGUGUACUAUAAUGUAUACUAGUGGAACUACUGGGGAUCCUAAGGGUGUAAUGAUAUCCAAUGAAAGCAUCAUUGCUCUUUUAGCUGGGGUGAAGCGCCUGCUAGAGAGUGUCAAUGAAAAAUUGGAUGAGAAUGAUGUAUAUCUGUCGUAUCUUCCUCUUGCACAUAUCUUUGAUCGGGUGAUUGAGGAGCUAUUUAUUUUACAUGGUGCCUCGAUUGGAUUCUGGCGUGGGGAUGUCAAGCUUUUGAUUGAAGACAUUGGGGAGCUAAAACCAACUAUUUUCUGUGCCGUCCCACGUGUGUUAGAUAGAAUUUACUCAGGUUUAAAUCAGAAGGUUUCCUCUGGGGGCUUCUUGAAGAAGACAAUUUUCAAUUUUGCCUAUCAACAUAAGUUUCGUAACAUGAAGAAGGGAAGCAAACAUGAACAGGCAUCUCCAAUUUUUGACAAAUUUGUCUUUAGCCAGGUGAAGCAAGGGCUUGGAGGUAAGGUACGCCUUAUCCUUUCUGGAGCAGCACCUCUUUCUACUCAUGUAGAAACUUUCCUAAGAGUGGUGGCAUGUGCUCAUGUUAUACAAGGAUAUGGUCUGACGGAAACUUGUGCGGGGACAUUUGUCUCACUGCCAAAUGAACUGUCUAUGCUUGGCACAGUGGGCCCUCCGGUACCCAAUGUGGAUGUGUGCCUAGAAUCUGUUCCUGAAAUGGGAUAUGAUGCCUGUUCAAGCACACCACGAGGAGAAGUAUGUGUAAAAGGAAAAACAUUGUUUUCAGGGUACUAUAAACGUGAAGACCUCACCAAAGAGGUCAUGGUUGAUGGGUGGUGCCAUACAGGGGAUAUUGGUGAGUGGCAACCAGAUGGAAGCUUGAAAAUCAUUGACCGCAAGAAGAAUAUAUUCAAGCUUUCUCAAGGAGAAUAUGUUGCCGUUGAAAACUUGGAGAACAUUUAUGGUCUUGUAACAGCUAUAGAUUCGAUAUGGGUCUAUGGAAACAGCUUUGAGUCCUUCCUUGUGGCUGUUGUGAACCCCAACAAGGAAGCACUUGAGCGUUGGGCUGAAGAAAAUGGUGUCAAUGGGGAUUUCAAUUCUGUCUGUGAAAAUCCCAGGGCAAAAGAAUACAUUCUUGGGGAGCUUGCAAAGAUUUCUAAAGAAAAAAAGUUGAAAGGUUUUGAGUAUAUUAAAGCCGUUCACCUUGAUCCUGAGCCAUUUGACAUGGAACGUGACCUUAUCACUCCAACCUUUAAGAAGAGGAGGCCCCAGUUGCUUAAAUAUUAUCAGAAUGUCAUCGACAGCAUGUACAAGAGCGCAAACAAGCCCGGUGCGUGAGGCGAAUCACUUCUGGAGCUCUAAUUUUCCCUCAUUUUGCAAUGACAUUGCAUUAUGUUUGGUCAUUUUAUUCUUGUUGACUGUACAUAACUUAUCCAUAAACCAGCUUAUGAGUUCAAAUCAAAAUUUAUGUUGAGCACUUUCUUUGAGGUCAUUGCAGGAAAUGACGGGUAGGAAAUACUGUAUAAAUGAAUUUAAGUUGAUUAAAAUUGAAAGUUAAAUAAAAUAUUAUUAGAAAAUAUUUUUUUAA